AUGCUCUUCGUCGACAUCGAGAUCGCUCGCAUUGGAUUUGGCCUUCGCGGCUGGGGCGCUGGGAGCAACCCCGUCAAUGCCCAAGCUGUUUUUCCGGCUCGAUUUUUCUGCUACCAGGGCGCAUCGCCUCGACAGGCCGAUGCAGCCGAUCCAUCUGACUGCUCACAGGCAGACAAGGUGGUGCCCACCUUCUGGUUGGUGGGCAAUCUUGGACCCAAAUGGCUUGAAACCGAAAUUUUCGGCGCCGACACGCGGAAGCGGCUUCGCGCGCCAUCGUUGAUGGCACGGCGACUCUUUUCGGCCUGGGAUGGCUCCGGUUGGGGAGUCUCAGGAGUCGAGAUGGCAGCGAGAGCAGUCAGGCAACGCCCACUCAGAGGAGGACGAGGAAGUGGCGGCGCACUUCCUGCGCGCUAUGAUGAAGGAGCCAAAGCGGAGGGUCUCAACCUCUUCGCCAGAGUUGACGGAUCGCCUUCCAGGACCUGCACGCCGACCUAUCGCAGCGGCAGCGCGAGCAGCUCGUUCGAGAAGAAGGAAGAUGCAUUGACCAAGGACUGGCCCCGCUGGAACUUGUCCACCGUGCCGAAGCCCUGGGCCCGCGAGGGCUUCAAGACGAAGCACACCACCUGGACGGCCUGGACGCAAGACGAGGAUCGCAGGUCUUUGGAGACGGCGGCAAGAGACAUGAGGGUGCAGGUCAUGAGCAAUGAGCUGGCUCGCUUCGUCAGCUCGCCCAAGGCGGACUCGCGCCCUGGAAGCCGCGUGAGCUCGCGGCGAUGA